GCGGCGCUGUGCGCGCGGGGCAGCCGGUCGGCCGGGAGCGCGAAAGCCGGGUCGGAGCCGGCGGGGGGCGGGGAGUGUGGCGGAGAAAUGGGGAACAAUGCGAGUGAGCAACUUCAGGAAGUCAUUGUGAAAGAAAGCUGGGAAGAGCUCCGCGGCCAAGUUAGCAGGACACUCUAACAAGUGCCUGCGCGGCGGGCGCCCGGGGCGGGAACUGCGGCGACCCCCCUGGGUCCCCGCGCAGCGCAGCCCAGCCCGGACGGGACGCUCGGCCGCGGCGAGGCGGGCGAGCCCCGCAGGGCAGAGGGAGCCCCGGCUCCGAGGUUGCUCUUCGCACCCGAGGAUCAGUCUUGGCCCCAAAGCGCGACGCACAAAUCCACGUGAGUGUUUUCAAAUUGAAUUUCAAUAGGAAAACUUGGGGUAACUGGUGAAUUUAAAAAAAAAUGUAAAGAAAGGCGGUGAGAUUGAUAAUCCCCGGUGUCGCUCAGAUCCGCCUCUUCUUUCUGAGGACAGUGAAAGCGCUGACUUCUGUCAAGGGUCUGCCGCUCUGCACUGUGCCCGCAGGUGCAGGACCAGGCCGGCAUGGGACACUUCUGAGCAGCCCCGCUGUCACCAGAGGAGGAGGAUUUAGCCCCCAGACAUAUUUAAAUUUAUAGACCUACAUAAACCCACAGAAGUCAGCCUUUGUAAAGUCAUGUGUAAAGAGUUUUCCUUAUAUUUGAGCCGAGAGCUUUCUUUUUAUACUACAAAAAUAAUGAGAUCGAGUCUGAACUUGAUUUCUGUAAAAGAGGAAUUAUCCCGGCUUUGAAAAGUUAGUCCUUUUGCUGACUGCAGGUUUGGCUCUCAAGUCACCAAACCUUCUCAGGAAAACACUUAAUAAUAUUAAGGCAUCAGGUUAUUUGCGGUUACAUUUGAAAUGUAUUUUAAAUAUUUGUCAAACAUCGCUGGUGAUGCCUAAGGAACCUCGUGAGGGCUUGAUUGUUUUUCCUUCUAAUUUGGAGGCACAGUGUAUGGCAUCUGAUGACCGAAAACCCUAGCGAUUCCAUAGGGUCUGACCAGGCACAGCUUUCAAAUGCAGCUUCCCUCUUUCCAGGGACUGCAGCCCACCCAGAUUGAAUUUCAAUGCGGCACUUUCUGCUUAGGUUUCCCACUCACAAUUUCCCACUGUGCUUCAGGCAGUAUAAUUCAGCUUUGAGAUACCUUGCUUUAAACUUCCAGACAAAAUAGUGUUGAAGAAAUACCUUCUUAUUAGUUCCAUCAGCUUCUGUUAAAAAAGGAAAAUUUAUGGAAGUUGAAAAUACUUCGUAUGAUAUUUAAACCUUCAUAGAAAUUCAGAUGCUUUUAAGGACUGGUUCACUUUGGUUAUGAGAUGAGGAGGGAGAGAAACCCACAGAAAAAUUUCCCGGGUCCUCCUGAAUUUAUUUAUUUGUUUGAAGAUGUUUGUUCAACCAGAUUUAUUGUACUCAUCUUUUAUAUGGGGUUUUAAAAAGCAACAGUUUCAGUAUUAUUUAUAUUAGAAUGUGUAAGAAUUGUUUCUGUGACAAAUCAGAUCAUUUGGGCUGUGGCUUAAAAUGUACACAAGACAAAUAUUUAUGACAGGAAGGUUCACCAUCUUAAACUGGCAUCUUGUAAAAUGCAGAACAUGUUAAAGAGGUAAUGUGUACACAUACAUAUAAAUAAUGAUGUCACAUUAAAAAUACUACACCAUUCUUGCUUGAUUGAAUGUACCUGAUUUCAAAUUUCACCAUGAAGAUAUUUCAUACCUUUUUUACAUGAAAAAAAAAAAUGUGCUUCUCCACCUCCCAGUCCACCAGAGCUGAUGACCAGAACAUUUAUUGAACUAAGUGGUCAUGUUUUCUUCCCCUUUUGUUUCAUGGUGAGAGUUGAAGGAAGGAGUUUUGGAACUCUCCAGUACUUUAAUUCAUCAGUGUUCUAAUUAGAGUGCUACCUCUUGGAAAACUACAUAUCCCCAUAAUGCAGAACCAUCAUAGCAAUAAUCGCCCACCCUUGGGGUCUUCAGGAGACCACAAGGGCUACAGAUAAAAGUGUGGAUGUGUUAGAUUUGACCCUUUUGAAGAGUUUUAUACAGGCGUCUAAAGAGAAGAUCAGCUGUGGCCAUUUGCAGCCAUUUCCCUUGUUGAAAAACUAAGAUUGCAGUGAAUGUGUUGGCGGAGAGGUCUAAAGCCCGGUUGUGCCACAGACCACUGUCUUCCUUGUUUGACCGGAGGCUUGGAGUUUGAGAACAGUGGUUCUUUGGUUUGGAUACAUCUUUGUUCUUGAUUUGGAUGUAUGUGUUUCAUGCAUGGCUAAUGUAGCAUAUUUUCAAUAUAAACAUCAAAGAUUUUGAAAUUGGAAAGAACUCUAUAUACAUUAAUAUACGUAUACACACACACACUUCAAGAUGAUGCGUAUAUUAACAGAUACAUGAAAUAAAGAAAUUCCAUGUGCAUAUGCGUGUACACAGAGCAUGCACGUAGCGUGGAGAGGCAUGGGGCAAUGUGAAAGAAUUUUAUCAGACUGACAUGAAAUUAGUAUUAAAGGCCCCCUUUAUUUUUAACCUUUUACUAAAAGAAAAUGGAUUUCCCUAUAUUAUAUAAUAGUAAAUUUUAGGCAUAAAUAACAUUUUUUGAGUGUUUGCAUAAUGUUAUGUAUUAAUGUAAUGUAACUGCAAUUAACUAAGAAUUCAUCAAGGAUAGCACUGUUUUGUGGCAUUUUUUCCCUCCUCUAAUCUUUGGAAUUGUGAAAUAAUUUCACCAUGAUAUAAGUGUUGGUUCUUGUCAUAUUCUAAGGGAGAUUGAUGUAAGUGGCUUCCCUCCAGCUCACAGAAGGUAAACCUUUUUGUGUUCUCUGAAAACGCUUGCCUUCUGAUGCCUCUGUUUCUAAGACUGACAAGCACUCUGGGGCACUCCGAGCCUGCUUCUAGCGGCAGACUUGCUGCAGCUCCUGCCCUGGCUGUGAACAUUGUUCUCCGUCUGGUGUGUCUACGUUCAUAUUUACGGAGACUUCAGAUCAAUUCCAUUUCAUAUUUGUGCUGAAUAAUCCUUCCAUUUUAUGGGAGAAAACACAAGAUGUAAAAGCAACAAGUGACCCAUCCUUUGAAGCUUACAAGAGAAGACAUAUGAAUCUAUUUCAUAUCUUAAAAACAUAUCAGUUUUAUUUUGCUCAAAAAGGGCACAUGUACAUUUUGACCUAGAUUUUAGAAACGUAGAGUUUCAAAGGAUCAGCAUUAUACAAACUGUUGCUCACACACGCACACUUAAAAUUCAGAUGAGGAACAAGAUAGAAAUGAAGUUUUAUUAGGGACGUAGGGCACCUAAAACCAAAGGAUAUCAGUAGUAACAAAACAGUUUUUACUGUGUGCUCACUGAACACUCAUGCUGGUAUCUUCAUGCAGACCACGGGCUUUCUUACAUUUCUUUGCAGUUUAAUAAAUGACUUCAGACCUCAGGUUACCUUUCUGCAUCUCCUGGAAUAUAUGUUUAUGUUCUUAAAGUUUCAGUGUCAUGACUUUAGUAGCUUUAGUUUGAGUUUUUAAAUGUUUGGUGAUACUCCAACAAAUAUUUUUGAAGACAUUAUGAAACCUUAUGAAGUGCUGCAUACUACAAGUGAGAUACAACAGCAAACAAAAGAUUCACAGAAGGUUUUUAAGUGGCGAUUUGCAGAAGGUUUUUAAGUGGUGAAGUGCGGGCCUGCCCAUUUUGGUGUCUCCUUGGUGGUUACUCCUAAGAAGGCCUGGAGGAAGAGCAACUGAGACCUAAUCCAGGGGCAACUGCCGGACUGUUUCAGUUGGCGAUUUUUCCCUCUCAUGUUUGACAGUGACACAUAGGUAGAUGCCAGAGGAGUCUUCAGCCAACCACCUGUUAAUAAACUGUUAAAAGUGGUGCAAACCGCAGCUCACAGGUAUGGGGGCCAUUUGUCUUGCCUGUUAACAGGCCUGGCCCUAAUUCUUUUCUCCCACGGCCAUUUCUGCCUUUGGGGAACUCACAAUUCCUGUUGACUAAAAGAGCGCCCUUUUCCACCACAAGCUUGACAAAUCAGACGUCCACAUAAUUUCUGAACUCAUUUUGGUUAGGGCAGGAAGCACAGGCUCCCUUCCUGUCUGUGUUUUCCUAAGAGAAAACGGUCUUCCCUCCUUUUUUGCAUAUUUGGCAAGCGGUUCCACCUUUCUCUGCACCCUGGUGGAGUGUGAAGGCAGCAGUGGAACCUUUUGGAGCAGGAGGAGGACACAGAGGCCCUGUAGCCAGGCACCAAGAUCCCUCCCAGGUGGCUGAGUCUGAGGGGAACUCCGAGCAGCCCUGGGUCCUCAAAGUCUGGAUUUGUGUGGAAAAGGCAGCUCUCACUUGGCCUUGGCCGGGCCUUGGUUGGUUGAUAACCUGAGGACAAUGGAUGCUGAUGAGGGUCAAGACAUGUCCCAAGUUUCAGGGAAGGAAAGCCCCCCUGUAAGUGAUACUCCAGAUGAGGGCGAUGAGCCCAUGCCGAUCCCCGAGGACCUCUCCACCACCUCGGGAGGACAGCAAAGCUCCAAGAGUGACAGAGUUGUGGUUACAUAUGGGGCUGAUGACUUUAGGGAUUUCCAUGCAAUAAUUCCCAAAUCUUUCUCUCCCAGUAAUGUUAAAGUAGAGACUCAGAGUGAUGAAGAGAAUGGGCGUGCCUGUGAAAUGAAUGGGGAAGAAUGUGCGGAGGAUUUACGAAUGCUUGAUGCCUCAGGAGAGAAAAUGAAUGGCUCCCACAGGGACCAAGGCAGCUCGGCUUUGUCAGGACUUGGAGGCAUUCGACUUCCUAACGGAAAACUAAAGUGUGAUAUCUGUGGGAUCAUUUGCAUCGGGCCCAAUGUGCUCAUGGUUCACAAAAGAAGCCACACUGGAGAACGGCCCUUCCAGUGCAAUCAGUGCGGGGCCUCCUUCACCCAGAAGGGCAACCUGCUGCGGCACAUCAAGCUGCAUUCCGGGGAGAAGCCCUUCAAAUGCCACCUCUGCAACUACGCCUGCCGCCGGAGGGACGCUCUCACCGGCCACCUGAGGACACACUCCGUUGGUAAACCUCACAAAUGUGGAUAUUGUGGCCGAAGCUAUAAACAGCGAAGCUCUUUAGAGGAACAUAAAGAGCGCUGCCACAACUACUUGGAAAGCAUGGGCCUUCCGGGCACGCUGUACCCAGUCAUUAAAGAAGAAACUAAUCACAGUGAGAUGGCAGAAGACCUGUGCAAGAUAGGAUCAGAGAGAUCCCUCGUGCUGGACAGACUAGCAAGUAACGUCGCCAAGCGUAAGAGCUCUAUGCCUCAGAAAUUUCUUGGGGACAAGGGCCUGUCCGACAUGCCCUACGACAGCAGCGCCAGCUACGAGAAGGAGAACGAGAUGAUGAAGUCCCACGUGAUGGACCAAGCCAUCAACAACGCCAUCAACUACCUGGGGGCCGAGUCCCUGCGCCCGCUGGUGCAGACGCCCCCCGGCGGCCCCGAGGUGGUCCCGGUCAUCAGCCCCAUGUACCAGCUGCACAAGCCGCUCGCGGAGGGCACCCCGCGCUCCAACCACUCGGCCCAGGACAGCGCCGUGGAGAACCUGCUGCUGCUCUCCAAGGCCAAGUCGGUGCCCUCGGAGCGCGAGGCGUCCCCGAGCAACAGCUGCCAAGACUCCACGGACACCGAGAGCAACAACGAGGAGCAGCGCGGCGGCCUCAUCUACCUGACCAACCACAUCGCCCCGCACGCGCGCAACGGGCUGUCGCUCAAGGAGGAGCACCGCGCCUACGACCUGCUGCGCGCCGCCUCCGAGAACUCGCAGGACGCGCUCCGCGUGGUCAGCACCAGCGGGGAGCAGAUGAAGGUGUACAAGUGCGAACACUGCCGGGUGCUCUUCCUGGAUCACGUCAUGUACACCAUCCACAUGGGCUGCCACGGCUUCCGUGAUCCUUUUGAGUGCAACAUGUGCGGCUACCACAGCCAGGACCGGUACGAGUUCUCGUCGCACAUAACGCGGGGGGAGCACCGCUUCCACAUGAGCUAAAGCCCCCCGCGCCCCCCGGGCCACCCCCAGGAAAAGCACAAGGACUGCCGCCGCCUCGCGCCGCCAGCAGCAGAGACUGGACUGGACCGGAUAACGUUGUGCUUGGAUUUGUAGCUGUUUUUCGUUUUAUGUUUGAGUUGGUUGGGGUUUGAUUUGCUUUUGAAAAGAUUUUUAUUUUUAGAGGCAGGGCUGCAUUGGGAGCACCCAGAACUGCCACCUUCCUCGAUGUUUCCCCAGACUGCUGGCUGAGAUUCCCUCACCUGUUGCUUCCUAGAAUCCCCUUCUCCAAAUGAUGAGUCUAAAUUUUCAGAGAGAAAUAGAUAAAACAGGCCACAGCCCGGGAAGGAACGUGCUGGUCUCCGUGCUAAGCACGGGGUUCACAUGCCAGGUCUUUUCCAGUCCCCAGACACAGGGAGCACAGCCCCUGCCUGUGGCUCUACCAGUGAGCAGAUGGACAUGACAGAUGUGCCACCGCCCAAGUGCCCAUACAGCAGGGCCAACAGUCUGUGCCCAGGCCAGCUUUGGGCCACAUGCAGCUAGGUCUCAGAGGCUGCAUUUUUGAGAGAAAAUACUAUUUUAAGUCGUAUUCUGCAUAGGAAAAUGAACUGUUUGGGGAAAGCCGUGUCUAACUGCCCUGGGUGGAGGGAGAGGUCAGGCUAGGGCCUUUCAGCUCCUCCUGGAUUCACUGGCUUUGCGGAGACUGCUCAGAUGGUCUGAGCCUCCUAAGGUUUGCUGCCAGUAUAGGAGGAGCCAGUCUUCCUGUGGGCAUAUCUGGGGAGCCCAGUUCCCCACUUUUUCACUCCUAUGCAUUUAAUGGCCCCCAAAGUCUAUCACUACAGUUUAAACACCGGUCCCGAAAUUUGGAUCUUCAUUAUUUUUGAACCUCUCAAACGGCAACAUUCGUCAGAAAUCAAAGCUUUAUUUCAGAUCUGUUCCUUCCCUGGCUGGUUCCACCUAAGAGCAGAAGAAGCCUCUUUUCCUGAAGAAAUCCAGUCCUAGUCCUCAUUUUAGUUAUGUGCAUCUGUUUGUAGCCGCAAGCCUGAAUUUCUCAGUGUUGGUAAAUUUCUUUCCCUCUUCUCACUGUAUAUUAUUCUCAUUUUAAAGCCCAUAAAAGAGUGAUUUAGAAUGAUCAUUAAUUUUCAGCUUAAUGAAAUACGUGAAGCCCAGCAUCUCUCUUGCUAACACACAGAACUCACCUGUUUGAAACUAAGCUUUCAAACGUGGCGAAGCCCUUUUCUGUAACGGCAAAGCAGCAUGUGUGUUCACAUAUAUGUAGGAUGGCUGGCUCUGCACCUGUGGGAUAUUGGAAUGCACAGGGCAAUCGAGGGACUGAGCCAGACCCUUGGAUAGUAAUGCCACCAGAUCUCCCAGGAAAGAGGAGGCAGGUGGCAUUGCAGGUGAGAACCCUGCCCAUCCAUGCUAUGACAUGGAGGCACUGAAGCCCAAGAAAGGUGUGUGGAGAUUCUAAUCCCAACCAGCAAAGAUCUCCUUUAAAAUUAAUGCUAUCAUUAAGGUCAUUACUCUCAACCACCUAGGCAAUGAAGAAUAUACCAUUUCAAAUAUUUAUAGCACUUCACCAACACUGUCCCAAGAUGAAGCAACAGAGGGGAGAUUGUACAUAAGCACCUCAGCAUUUAAUCCAAACAGGGGUGCUUAGUCUCAGCACUAUGACAUUUCGGGCUGAAUACUUAUUUGUUGGGAGGAAUACUUAUCCUGUGCAUCGUAGGAUAUUUAGCAGCAUCCCUGCUCACUACCCAGUAGAUGCCGGUAGCACCCCAAAUUGACAACCCAAACUGUCUCCACGUAUCACCAACUGUUCCCUUUGAGGAGAAAUCACUCCUGUCGGAGAACCACGGACCUAAAUGAAUUCUAAACCCAUCAAAGGUCUGGGAAGCCUUCCAAGAAAAAAUAAAAUAAAAUAAAGCACUUGAAGAAUAUUCUCAAUAUUCCCAGUCAGCAGUAUCAAGCCUGACUUGUGAUCCUGUGGAACCAUUAUAAAUUCUAUAAAUGAAUUAUUCCCCUUCAGUCUUCAAAAACAUAUUUCCUCAUAAACAUUUGAGUUUUGUGGAAAGGAUGGAGUUAACAAAGAUAUCAUUCUUGAGUCAUGGAUUUAUCUGCUUACAGAAGGGUGUGGCAUUGGAAACUGGAAUAAACAGCAUUGCCACACCGAUGCACUGGUGAAGGAAGAGAGAGGAGCAAGGGCUUUAGACAGCAUUCAUUCAAUAUGCAAUUACAGAGAAAGAUGCGCCUUAUCCAAGUUAACAUCUCUAAGGUGAGAGCCUUCUUAGGGUCUCUCUUAAGAGACUCUCUUGAGUUUGUUGCAAAUUUCACCUACUCUGUCCUUUUCCAUUCAUCCCACUGUGUCAAUUGGUUGAAGGGAGUUAUUUUUUCAAGUGGAAUUCAAACAAAGCUCAAACCAGAACUGUAAAUAGUGGCUGCAGGAAUUCUUUUCUAAACUGCUUUGCCCUUUCCUCUCACUGCCUUUUAUAGCCAAUAUAAAUGUCUCUUUCCAUACCUUCUGUUGUGGUUUUAUAGUGUAACGCCAUUUUUCUUUGAAACUAUUGUAUUUAAAGUAAGGUUUCAUAUUAUGUCAGUAAGUAAUUAACUUAUGUUUGAAAGGUGGUCAUAUCAUGUACCAAAAGUUGCUGAAGUUUCUCUUCUAGCUGGUAAAAGUAGGAGUUUGCAUGACCUCACACUUUUCAUUGUGUAGUUCGUUCUGUUGUAUGAUGGCAUGAGUGUGUGUCUUGGGUACCGCUGUGUACUGCUGUGUGCCUAGAUGCCAUGCACUCCCAUUGUGUUUGAAGUAAAUAUUGGAGACAGGAGGGUUACCCAUAACAGCUUGGCCUGUUGAUUACAGCUAGAAAUCGCUGUUUUUUGUUCCCUCCCGCUCCCUGCCACCCCACCUUCCCAGGAUGUGGAUAGCCUGAAUCUCAGCUCCUUGCCUCAUAUUCCUUCUGUAAUUUGUACCUAGAGAGUGUGAUUAUCCUCAUCCAAGAGUCACUAAAAAUCAUUGCAUUAUCAUUGUGUUAUCACCAAAGGAUAACUCCUAGCUCCAGUUGCUUCAGAUAGCAGCAUGUCCCAUUUCAAAUUUAGAAUUAGCUGCAUAAUAAAAUCUUAGAACCUUCCUUGAGAAAGAGCUACCUGAGAGUAGGUUUGUUAUAUGGUUUCCCCUCCUGUUUUGUGCUUUUCUCUUUUUUUUUUUUUUUUUUGACUGCAAACUACGAGUUUUGUCUUGUCCUUUUCUUGCCAAAACAAACACAAGAUGAACUGAACUUAUUCAGACAAAUCAUGACACCAGUGUAUCCUUCCUUUCUUCAGUUCCAGCAAUAAUGAAUGGUCAACUCUUUUAAAAUCCGUAUCUCUCUCAUUCAUUUCAAUGUAUUUUUACUUUAAGAGGAACCAAAAUUAUUAGACUUAUUUAAGACGUACAGGCAUCAGAAAAAAAGAAGCACAUAUGCUUUCGGUGCGAUGGCACUCACUGUGAACAUGUGUAACCACAUAUUAAUAUGCAAUAUUGUUUCCAAUACUUUCUAAUACACUUUUUUAUAAUGUUGUGUGUGGUGAUUGUUCAGGUCGAAUCUGUUGUAUCCAGUACAGCUUUAGAUCUUCAGCUGCCCUUCUGGCGAGUACAUGCACAGGAUUGUAAAUGAGAAAUGCAGUCAUAUUUCCAGUCUGCCUCUAUGAUGAUGUUAAAUUAUUGCUGUUUACCUGUGAGCAAGGGAUGUACCACUGGAGGGAUAGAGUAUCCUUUUGUACACGUUUUGAAAUGCUUCUUCUGUAGUGAUAGCACAAAUAAAUGCAACGAAUACUCUGUUUGCCCUA